GAUGUUGGUAGCGAUACUUUUGAGUUGAAAUUCAUCUCUAAAUAAGUGCCUUCGAGUUAAGCCAUUUAUCCAUUUACAGGCAUACAAUUGUUUCUCAUAAUUGUCAAUUAGCAAACCUUUUUUAUCCAGAAAACGCCAUCUUAAGACAAAAAUUAAUUUCUUAAGUCUAUUUUAUAAAGCAACUUUGCAGUUUGAACUUGAUAGUCAUUUGGUAGUCACUUUCACUUCAACCAACCUUUUUAUGCCUGUACUUUCACACUGUGCCUGUACAUAGCGUCUGCUUCCUAAUUGUGUUUUCGUCGCAUUUUUAUGACCUUUUACAUUUCCAUUAUUAAAACCAUCAUCUUUAGAUCAUAUGAAAUUAUCAUCUAUUAAACCUCACCGUGAAAAUGUCGUUGCCCUUAAAAGAACGACUUGUUUACAUUUUUCGCUUUCCUUGUUUGUUUCUCAUCUUUCUUUACCAAGAUAUUUAUUGCUGGUUCAAAAGAAAAAAAACUGACCCAUCGAUUCGUUUGGAUGGUAAAGUAAUACUAGUAACUGGUGCUAAUAGAGGGAUCGGUAAACAGAUUGCUUCUGAUUUAUAUAAACGUGGUGCUAAAGUGAUCCUUGCAUGCCGCAAUACAGAAGCAGCAUUGAAAGCUUGUUCAGAAAUAUCUAAUGGAAGAUCUGAUGAUCGUUUGGUUCCUUUGAAAUUAGAUCUAAAAUCAUUUACGUCUAUCAAUGAUGCUUGCUCUCAUUUGUAUUCGACUCUGGAUUCAUUGGAUAUUUUAAUAAACAAUGCUGGCAUGUUUGGGGCAAAGGAUAAAACAAUAACAGCCGAUGGAUUUGAAGAAACAUGUCAAGUGAAUUUUUUAGCCCCUUGUUUAUUAACUUAUAACUUGAUUCCUUUACUAUCUAAAUCAACAUUUGGUGCUCGAGUUAUCAUGAUCUCUUCAGAAUUCAAUUUGAUUCCAUUUUCUUUCAACACCGAUCUUUUUGUUCCAUCUUCACCUGAUUAUGAUGCUAUUCUCAACUACGCCAUGACCAAAUUUGCCCUGAAUGGAUUCGUGUUGAAAAUGGCUAGUCUCUUGAAGGAUACAAACAUAACAAUCAAUUCUGUCCAUCCUGGUUGUGUGAAAACUGACAUAGUUGGUAAAGGAUCAUCGUGGACAACUAGAUUCAGCAAUCGAUUUCAACAAGCAUUUCGAGGUGUUUCCCUAGAAACUGGUGCGAUAGGACCAGUUUAUUUAGCAGUUGAACCUUCAAUGCACAAAGUCAGUGGACAUUAUUUUGUUAGUAAUAUUGAGUUCAGUCCAAAUAAACGAUUAUUACAAGAAAGUGUUCAAAAUUGCAUUUGGAAUUUCAUGGAACCAUGUUUACUUUCAUAUAAAAUUGACUGUAAUAGCAACAAAGAAACGACAGAUUUCCCCAUUCCAAAUCAAUCAUCAAAUUGCCACCUAACUAAAAAUACUAAGCAUAGCUUGGAUAUAAACAUACAUUAAAUAAAUUGAACAUAAUCACAACUUUUGAACACAACCAACUCAGCAAACUUCAUAAAGUGAAUUUUAACCUUCAAUCAAUUUUACAUAGAAAAUACAUUUUAUUUUAAAAUAUAUAAAUUAAACCAACUUUUUUAAUAUCUACACUAAUGGUCGGUUUGUAUUAUAAUAACGGUAUAUAUAUUGAAAUAAAAUAUGUAACAUUGAAGCAAAUUCAAUCAACUUCA